AGAGAAUUGCCUUGCUGUAAAGGAUCUCUACUGCUUUAAGGAAUGGCUUUCAAUGGAGGAAGACUCUCAUAAGGGAAUUUACAGACCAGAGCUGAUGCUGCUCACACUUCCUGAAUGCAACAGGCUGCCCAGCCUGCACCAGGAUCCCAGCUCCUGCACCCGCAUCCCUUUCUUUGAUUUUAAGAAGGAGAAUAUAACCAGGACUUGCUACAGUGCCAAUGGCCAGUUUUACCAGGGCUCAGCCAACGUCACAGCCUCUGGCAUUCCUUGCCAGAAGUGGAGCGACCAGGCUCCCCACUUGCACAGGAGGACUCCUCAGGUUUUUCCUGAGCUGUCUGAUGCUGAAAAUUAUUGCCGCAAUCCAGGAGGUGAGAAAGAACGUCCUUGGUGCUACACAAAAGAUCCAGCUGUGACCUGGGAAUACUGCAGUGUGUCUCCCUGUGGAGAAGCAUUGUUAUCACUAGGAACAGGCAAACCAAACGGGGAGACUCUAAAUCUCCAUCCUCCUCCUCCCUUUUCCCCUACAUACUCCAUGACUGUUAUCAUAUCGAUCAUCUCCAUCUUUGCUCUGGUUGUGAUUUUUGGCAUUGUCACCUUGGUUUGCUGCCGUCGUCGAAAGCAGUGGAAAAACAAAAAAAGGGAGUCAGAGACACCAACGCUCACCACUCUGCCCUCUGAACUACUUCUGGACCGGCUGCACCCCAACCCAAUGUACCAGCGCAUGCCUCUUCUCCUCAAUCCAAAGUUGCUUAGCCUUGAGUAUCCCAGGAACAAUAUUGAAUAUGUGAGAGAUAUUGGGGAAGGAGCAUUUGGGAGAGUCUUCCAAGCCAGGGCCCCAGGGCUGCUGCCAUAUGAGCCUUUCACAAUGGUGGCAGUGAAAAUGCUGAAGGAGGAAGCAUCUGCAGAUAUGCAGGCUGACUUUCAGAGGGAAGCAGCCCUCAUGGCAGAGUUCGACAAUCCAAAUAUCGUCAAGCUUUUAGGUGUGUGUGCUGUUGGGAAACCAAUGUGUCUGCUGUUUGAGUACAUGGCCUAUGGGGAUCUAAAUGAGUACCUGCGUGACCGCUCGCCCCGCAGUCUCUGCAGCCUGGCACACAAUAGCUUGGACACAAGCAUUCGCCUCCCUAACCCACUGGAACUGUGCUGCACCAGCCAGCUCUGCAUUGCCAAGCAGGUUGCUGCUGGCAUGGCAUACCUCUCUGAGCGCAAGUUUGUCCAUCGGGAUUUGGCCACCAGGAACUGCCUGGUGGGGGAGAACAUGGUGGUCAAAAUUGCUGAUUUUGGUCUCUCAAGGAACAUGUAUUCAGCUGACUAUUACAAAGCGAAUGAGAAUGAUGCCAUCCCCAUCCGUUGGAUGCCCCCUGAGUCCAUUUUCUACAACCGUUACACCACAGAGUCUGAUGUGUGGGCCUAUGGGGUGGUGCUGUGGGAGAUCUUCUCCUAUGGCAUGCAGCCCUACUAUGGGAUGGCUCAUGAAGAGGUCAUCUACUAUGUGAGGGAUGGGAACGUCCUCUCCUGCCCAGACAAUUGUCCCCUGGAGCUCUACAACCUAAUGCGCCUCUGCUGGAGCAAGCUGCCUGCUGACCGGCCAGGCUUUGCCAGCAUCCACUGCAUCUUGGAGCGCAUUUAUGAGAGGGCUGUUGCCACCAUGUCGGUCUGA